GAAAAAUAUUUACAAUUAAAGUGAGAACCCUAACCUUGAAAUUAUAAUAAUAGCAUGUCAUAAACUAUUUAACCGCAAACAUAAAUUUUUCAAGUUUAUUCUCAUCAACAUCAAUUUUUCGACAACCAAAUCAUGAUUACAAUUUCUGAAAUUUCCUACGACGAAAAUGACAUCCUUGGUCAUGGCUCAACAGCAACAGUUUUUGCUGGAAAGUUUCAAAGUCGAGAUGUGGCUGUUAAAAGAGUUCCAAAAGAUAAAUCGAAAUUAAUUGAACGUGAAGUUGAUUUAUUAUUAAAAGGUGAUAAUCAUCCGAAUAUUGUGAGAUAUUUUAUGCUUGCUGAAGAUCCUGACUAUCAAUAUAUUGCAUUGGAAAGAUGUCAAUUUACUUUGCUGGAUUAUGUUAAACGAGGUGAUCUACAGACUUAUUUGCCUCACAAGGAACUAAUUUGGAAGAUUUUUCAAGGAAUGAAAAGAUUGCACGAGAUUGAAAUUGUUCACAGAGAUAUCAAGCCAUCAAAUAUUCUAUUACUGGAGAUGGGACAGUCAGUUUAUGAAGUGAAAAUUUCUGAUUUUGGAUAUUCAAAAGAUAUAGGAACGAGUGGCUCACGAAUGUCAGUGCAACCAUUUGGAUCAGCAUUCUAUCUGCCAAUGGAAGCAAAAUCUGGACGAUUUAAUGCCAAAUCAGAUGUCUUCAUGACUGGUGGAUUGAUUUACUACAUCUACAAAAAUGGCAAUCCUCCACCAAACUUUACAUUUGUAUGGAAAUUCUAUUUUGAAGAGAAAAGUGAUGACGUCUUGAUUAAGCAUCUCAUUCUGAAUAUGACAAAAGAAAACUAUGAAGAUCGUCCAUCAAUGAAUUGCUUGUGCUAUCAUCCAUACUUUUGGGAUUACCAGAAAAUCUUAGACUUUUUGAUUAACGUAUCAAGUCGUCUUGAAGUUAAAGAUGCAUUAGCUUAUCGAGUGUCUCAAGCACUUCAGAAGAAUUGUGAAGAUGUCAUUCAGGGAUCAUGGAUGGAUGUGUUGGAAUUUAACGUUCGUGAAACAUUGAUGUAUAGUAGUCAAGUGAACUACGAUGGACUUCACAUUGAAAAUCUCUUAAGAACUAUCAGAAAUAAGCGGAAUCAUUAUGAUGAAAUGACAGCAUCAGCUAAGAAAACUUUAGGUUCGAUACCGAAUGGAUACACUGAAUUUUGGAUUGGCAAGUUUCCUAAAUUGGUGCUGCAUGUCUAUUUGAAAAGUCUUGAUGCUGGAUUGUCGGAAGAAGAAAAUUUCAAGCAAUAUUUUCCGGAUUCAAAUUGUAAUUGAGAUUACAAAGCUGGAAUUGAAUAUUUUUUGUGAUGGAUGUUAUUAAUAAGCCUCGAUUGUUGACCCAUCUCCUUCGAA